CGAGGGAGGUGGCUGUGCCGCCGGCUCCAGUUCCCUCCCCCUUCCCUUCUAAGGAUGGCCCAGAAGGAGAACGCCUACCCCUGGCCCUACGGCAGGCAGACGGCUCAGUCUGGCCUGAACACCCUGCCCCAGAGAGUCCUCCGGAAGGAGCCUGUCACCCCAUCUGCGCUUGUCCUCAUGAGCCGCUCCAAUGCCCAGCCCACAGCUGCCCCUCUCCAGAAAGUGGUGGAGAACAACAGUGGGACCCCCAACUUCUCAAUGCGUUCCUUCACAAUCGACGACUUUGAGAUUGGGCGUCCUCUGGGCAAAGGCAAGUUUGGAAAUGUGUACUUGGCUCGGGAGAAGAAAAGCCGUUUCAUCGUGGCGCUCAAAGUCCUCUUCAAGUCUCAGAUAGAGAAGGAGGGUGUGGAGCACCAGCUGCGCAGGGAGAUCGAGAUCCAGGCCCAUCUGCAGCAUCCCAACAUCUUGCGUCUGUACAACUAUUUCUAUGACCGGCGAAGGAUCUACUUGAUUCUGGAGUAUGCCCCCCGGGGGGAGCUCUACAAGGAGCUGCAGAAGAGCCGCACUUUUGACGAGCAGCGAACAGCCACGAUUAUGGAGGAGCUGGCAGAUGCUCUGAUAUACUGCCACGGGAAGAAGGUGAUUCACAGAGACAUAAAGCCAGAGAAUCUGCUCUUGGGGCUCCAGGGAGAGCUGAAGAUUGCCGACUUCGGCUGGUCUGUACACGCCCCCUCCCUGAGGAGGAAGACAAUGUGUGGCACCCUGGACUACCUGCCCCCAGAGAUGAUUGAGGGGCGCACGCACAACGAGAAGGUGGAUCUGUGGUGCAUUGGAGUGCUCUGCUACGAGUUGCUUGUGGGAAACCCCCCCUUCGAGAGUGCUUCCCACAACGAGACGUAUCGGCGCAUCGUCAAGGUGGACCUGAAGUUCCCCCCUUCCAUGCCUGCGGGAGCCCAGGACCUUAUCUCCAAGCUGCUCAAGCACAACCCCUCAGAACGCCUGCCGCUGGCUCAGGUCUCAGCCCACCCUUGGGUCCGGGCCCACUCCCGGAGGGUGCUGCCCCCCUCUGCCCUUCAGUCUGUCCCCUGAACUGUCCCUGUCAUUUUCUCAGUUGUGUCUGUAUGUCUGUAUAUGUGUAGUUAGGAGAAGGGGUCCCUGGCCUGUUCCCGCAUCUGUCUU